AUGAUCCGUGAGCUUAUCCACUCGUCUCGAUUUUCCCCAAACCAUCACUCCCCCCACUCAGCACAGCAGUCACUUGUCGUUCCACCAUAGAAUCCCAAUUCUCAACCUUCAAACAAAAGCCUCCAAAUUCCUCAAAACCAUGAGAGAUCAAGACCCGCAAUCCAGCGUUUUGUUCGAGCUCUGCUCUAUGAUCGUCCACGUCCUCCGAACCCCUCCCCUCCCCUUCCCAUUUCCAACUCUAACAAUCGUCGGACCCUCCUCCAAAACGACAUCGCCCGCCGCCUUCGGCUCGCUCUUUAUCGGGAUUUCGGUGGCUCUGAUGCUCUUCGGCUCCCUCACGUUCUUGAUCGGCUUCAUACUGAUGCCCUUGGUCAUUGGGCUCGUCUUGCUCUUCUACUUCGUUGGCUUCGUCUCCAUUUUGUCCGAAUUUGGCCGCUCCAUUCUUUGCCCCGUCGACUCCCCGAAGAAUGCGCCUGCAUGGAACUAUGAAGCUGAGGCUUACGACUAGUUGAAGCAUGGGAAAGCUAGAAAGAAGAGAUGAUUUUUGAGGUUAGCUAUAUUGUGUACAAGAGAUUAGUAGGAUGUUUUUUUUUUUUUUUGCAUUUUAUCGAUAUGUUUCUCUUGGCCCUGGCAAUGGAUGCCAACUUGGCUCGGGGUUCUGAAGUUCUUUCAGUGUAUUUUUCUGCCACUUGGUUGCGUGAUUUUCAUUUACUUGAGAACCCUCUUUGCAGUUGUAUAAUUUGGUGUUAUUAUUUAUAAAGAAUCUGCACGAGCAGAUUUUAGUGGUCA